UCACGAACUUUCUUGAUUGCGAGACUGGCGUUCUGCCUACGUUCGUUACUUCCAUUUUCGUGAUACCCUGUCAUUUCGUUCGAGGCAUUUGGAGUCCGGUUUCCGGUUUGCCUUUUUCAUCAUACCUCGUCCACUACGCUCGCCGCUCUUCUCAUGCCUCUUCCGUUCAAGUUGACGAGGAGCAACGCUUCUGUCCGCUCGUUCCACACCACCAACGUAUCCGAAGCCUGCGUCUAUCAUCUUCCGACCAAUCUCCGCGACGUAGAAAAGAAUAUCCACAGAAGCGAACCGCGUGACAUUCCGCUCCCUGAUGCGGAUUACCAUGAAGUGCGGUACUUUCUAUACCAAACCCUAACUUAUGGGCCAUACGAAAUUGCCAAGCAAUGGCCUCAAUGGGUGCUUGAGACAGUCGCAGCAUGGACUGGCACUGGCGCGGCUUUCCGCGCCUUGCGCACGGAAGACAUUCACCGGCUGUGUCCGCUCAACGCGGGGCAUGCCGAGCUUGAUAUUUCGGUCAAAGUGGCUCGUUCUCCUCCUCCGGAAUGCAGAUCGCAAAUCGGCGCUGUCAUUGCCAAGACGGUGUCCAGAUUGAAAUCAAAAGCGUCGAACGAGAAAGGAUCACGGCCAGACACGGUUCGCGAGGGAUGGGAAUACGCCCAAGCUAGACAGCGGUCAAAAUACGCAUACCAUUACGGCGACAUCAACUCGAUAAACUCCUCCAAUCCCAAUCUUGCGUUCCAGCAGUACGCGACGGUGCCCCGUUCUCCAAGCGCCAUGUCACAUCAGACGUACUCGUAUCCCAUGACAGUGCAGCCGAACUAUCUGAUGACCAAUCCGGGCAUGCAGAUGCCGAUGACAUCCCCGCCGAGUCACUAUGCGCCGUCCAACUCAUGCGGUUCGAUGUACGCCCAGCCGUCGACUAUCAGUGGAAGGCCAUACCAACGCAGCGACACGACACCUACCAGUUCGGGAGAGAGAAGCACUUCCACCGCUAAGACAACGCCGCCGGGAUCCGAGGAGGAUUACGUGGAGCAGCAAAGAGGAUUGGAUAGAAGCCAGUCCAAGAGCUCUGGACCUUCCCCACAGAUUCAGCGGCUACGCAUAGCGACUAGCAGAUGCUCAUCUCCGCAACGAUAUCGCAAAGUAAACCAGAAUGAAAUAAUGCCACGUAUACGGUCUAUCUCUGCCAUGGCCCAAGGGCGUUCGGAGGAUCCUAUGGUCCCUCCCGGGUGUCCAUCCGUUCCCUUGACCGCGGAGAACCUGCAAGCAAAGAAUUCCUCGGCCCACGCUCAGAGCCUUCGAUCCAGUAGAAGUCACCACACCAUUUCUCAGCACGGGGAUGGCUCCGCAGGCGGUGGUGCGCUAUUCAUGAACGCAAAUCCUAGCGUUAUAUCCCUGCCUUGUUUUGGAGGCCCUCCGACCACUAUGCAUCAGGGUCACCUGAGGCCCGCUUCUAGCCUGUUCAUGGAGCGGUCUCCUCUAGAUGUUCCUCUCAUGCACAACAGUGCUGCGCCGAGCUUCAUGGACCCCGGCGAUUUCCAUCGUCAGCAAUCUGCUUCCCCAAUCCACACGUUUAACACACAAGCGCACGCGUUGAUGCAGAGACAAACACCUUCGACUCCAAGUUUUCGGCACCGUUCUGGACUCAGUCAUAUUUCGUCGGGCUAUGGCUCCAAUAUCGCCGGGCCCAGAGAGGCAAACGCUUCACCUGCGCCAUCCAUGAGGAGCUUCAGAACUCGCCCGGCUCCUCCUCCUAUCCCCAGCGAAUUCUCAGUCCGCAGGCGGACUGAGAUCCCCGUGCUCAGCUCCUUUACCGGGCCAUCUCGCUCGGCGGGGAAUGCUUCGCUGGACAAUUUGGCCCUCAAUCAAGGUGAGUAUCUCACUUUUAGACACGGGCGCGGGGACUACGCUGAGAGACGGGAGAUCGCCCGCAGAGAAAUGGAGCGCAUGCACGCCAUGGUGCCCAGUAAUCUGAGAGGCGAGGGUACCGACCCGAUUGGGCCGACAAUGCGGAUAGCGGGCCCAGAUGGGACGCCGUUACCGACGCUUGUGGAACAGAUUGCGGAGGUCGAGGCUUUGAGUGGGAAGAAGCAGAGGGGUUUGGAGAGAGGUGGUUGGUGGCGAUAGAGUAAAGGGAUAUUGUUUAUCGGUACGCCGUUUCGUUGUUCUCGGGAUUGGGGAGGCUUGAGGAUGUCAGCGCGUUCAUCACACUGUCUAAUUUUUCUUUUUGUUCGCAGAUGAUUUUCACAAGUCACAUUUGCAAACGGUCCCACAAACCACAACGUUCGCUUAUACCCUCAGAUGUUAUGCCUACUGUAUCUAUUCUUAUUCUAGAGCGUUCGAAUUGUACCUAUCUCUUUAAUUCCAUCUCUG